AUGGUCGCCACCCUGAUCUUUAGCGUCAUUGCGAGCUUCAUCGUCUUUCAGAUAAUCUGGAGGUAUCGUUGCCUGCAGCAAAAUAUUGUACUAGCAAAGAGCUCCGGACUACCUGUAGUUGCAUCGCCAUGGAACGUAUUCAGCAUCUUCUGGCUGUCCACAUUCAAACUAUGGACGCCGUUGCUGCAGAGGUUGAUGCCAGAACCACUUAGAGGCAUGUGGAUGGAUCUUCUACAUCCAGAGUGGGGUUACAUGAGCGGUCAUGGGCCUUUCAAGAAGAUGGGCAUGGACGUCUUCAUUGUCGCUUCUCCUACCAGAAAUAUUGCAUAUGUUGCCGAUGCGGAAGCUGUUAACCAGAUCACUAGCCGCCGCAAUGACUUUCCCAAGCCUCUUGAAAUGUACGGGUCGCUCGACAUAUAUGGCAAGAAUCUUGUCACUACUGAAGGAUCAGAUUGGCGUGCACAUCGCAAACUAGUCGCGCCAAGUUUUGGUGAUAAAAACAAUGAACUAGUGUUCAACGAAACUCUUCAUCACGCAAAGUCGAUGCUUGGUCUGUGGGCUGGACCUGAUGGUAAAGGCAACCAGACCGUGGCUGAUCCAUCCGUUGCGGCAAUGAACUUUGCUCUCUAUGUUAUUAGCGGUGCAGGAUUCGAUGUACGCGUAGUAUGGCCGCAUGAGGAGGGCAAGAAGAUGGAGGCUAAGAGAGGUGGAGAAGAUUCGAUCUUUGUUGGAUCUGAAGCACCCCCAGGCCACACAAUGAAUUACAGGGAGGCUCUUAGCCAGCUACUCCACAAUAUUAUGUGGACUCAGGUUAUGCCAGUCAAGUGGCUCUCGCGAUCUCCAGUCAAAGUCCACCGUACAGUUGGCGAGGCUGUAGGUGAAUGGGGUAAAUACAUGGACGAGAUCUAUGAAAAGAAGAAAGCCCAGGUCGAAUCUGGCGACGACACGAAAGGAGGCAUGGAUCUCUUUGAUGCUCUGAUUCGUGGAAGCGGUAUCACCAAGAAGGAGGGUACGACGGUCACGAAGAGCGAUCUGCUGGGCAACGCUUUCGUGGUGAUGUUGGCUGGUCAUGAAACAACAGCCAACACACUACAUUUCUCAAUGAUAUUUCUCGCUAUGAAUUGGGCAUCACAGAAGCGGUUACAAGACGACAUUGACAAGAUAUUUGCAGGAAAGCCGAUUGAUGAAUGGAAAUUCGAGGAGCAUUUCCAACAGCUUUUCGGUAGCAUGGCGGCGGCAGUCAUGAACGAGACGUUACGGCUCCUACAACCCAUCAUCAACAUCCCAAAGUCUACGGCGCCAGGUCGACCCCAACCAUUGAACAUUGGGGGCCAACAGUAUAUGAUACCUGGGGAUACGCACAUCUUCCUCAGUGCCGCUAUCCAUCGCAACCCUAAAUACUGGCCAAAACCAUCCGGUGGAUCGAACAAGGACGAGAUCCCUGACGUGGACCAGUUUCGACCUGAACGCUGGCUCAUAGACACCAAGCCCGACAACGACUUUGUCGACAUCAACUACGAUGAUGAAGAGCUACGUGGACCAUCGGGAGAAGACACUUCAGCUCAACUUUUCAAACCCGUUAAAGGCUCAUACAUACCCUUCAGUGACGGCUUUCGAUCAUGUAUUGGACGACGUUUUGCUCAAGUAGAAAUCCUCGCUGUGCUUGCGGCGAUCUUCUCGCAGUAUAGCGUUGAGCUUGCAGUCGAUGACUUCGCAAGUGACGAAGAGGUAGAGAAGAUGCCAAAGGGAGGCAGGGAGAGGAGGGAGUUAUACAAAAAGGCUGAGGAUAGAGCUAACGAUUUUCUUCGGAAUAAGGUAGCGAGUAUUGUCACGCUGCAGUUAAGGGGCGUCUCGAUACCGAUCAGGUUAAUGAGGAGGGGAGAGGAGAGAUUCGCUUUCGAUUAG